AUGAGGGCCUUCCCCUUCUCUUUGAAGGACUCCGCAAAAGACUGGCUCUACUGCCUACCACCUGGUAGUAUCACCACGUGGGACCAACUGAAAAAAAAAUUCUUGGACAAAUACUUUCCGGUAUCUCGAGCUGCAAGCCUAAGGAAGGAGAUAUGUGGCAUCAAACAACACCCAAGCGAAUCUCUCCAUGAGUACUGGGAGAGGUUUAAGAAACUGUACACCAAAUGCCCUCAGCAUCAGAUAAGUGAACACCUGCUUAUCCAAUAUUUCUAUGAAGGACUACUUUUCAGAGACAGAAGCAUAAUCGAUGCUGCAAGUGAAGGGGCGUUGGUGAACAAAACUCCUCAAGGAGCAUGGGAGUUAAUUGAAGGGAUGGCUGAGAACUCACAGCAAUUUGGUUCAAGAGAGGACAUUCCUACGCGUAUGGUGAAUGAGGUAGAAACAUCCUCUAUUCAACAGCAACUCUCCGAAUUGACAUCUUUUGUGCGACAACUAGCUGUGGGGGCAUCACAAGCCAAAGUGUGUGGGGUAUGCACUGCCGUGGGUCAUCCUACGGAAAUGUGUCCACUGGUUCAAGAAGAAAUUGCAGAACAGGUGAACAUGGCUGGCCACGCGUCUGCUCCAAGAAAGCAGUACGACCCAUACUCAAGUACCUACAAUCCUGGUUGGAGGGAUCACCCCAACCUUAGCUAUGGAGGGAAUAGGCAGUCUAAUUUUGUGCCAAAUAGACAGCAAGGGAACCCACAGCAGUACCAUCCUCGCCCACCACCACCCUCUUCAAACUCAAGUCCGUCCAUGGAAGAGAUGAUGAAGCAAUUACUUGCUAAUCAACAAAAGACGGAUUCAGACCUGCAAAGCAUGAGAAAUCAACUGGGACAGGUGCAGUCAUUGCAAAAUCAAAUGAAUCAAAUGGUUAUAACAAUUAACCGUUUGGAGUCCCAAGUUCAAGGAAAGUUGCCAUCUCAAUAUGAGGUAAAUCCAAAGAAUGUAAGUGCAAUGACCUUGAGGAGUGGCAAGGAAGUUCAAGGACCCGAACCCGUGAUUCCUAAAGACAAGGACGAGGAACGAAUCGAGAAAGAAUUAGAAGAGGAGGGCAGAGACAACAAAAAUGCAAAGGUACCCUCGAACCCAAUUCCUACAAUUAAAACUAAUCCACCUCUCUUUCCUAGCAGGUUAGAGAAACCAAAGAAGCAAGACAAGGAAAAAGAGGUCUUGGAGAUCUUUCACAAGGUGGAGAUCAACAUACCCCUACUGGAUGCGAUUAAACAAGUACCCAGGUACGCAAAAUUUUUGAGGGACCUGUGUGCCAACCGCAAGCGGUUGAAGGGGGAUGAAUGA